AUGGCCUCUCAAAAAGUGGCCUCCGCUCUAGCGGAGAUUGAAUCAUCAACCAGCCAAGCCGCCAAAGCACAACUCUACCACGACCUUUUAUCCAAAAUCGUCACCAGCUCUACAGGCCACGAACUCUCGCAAGAUUUGAUAUACUACCUCGACUCCAUACUUAGCGAAACCGUUAGCAUCGUCGCCGCACGACCCCUCCUCGACUCCUUCAUCACCGUCCUCCGCGAUCUUCCCUCAGCCAUCAAAAUCAAAGUCGGGCAACAUGCUGUGACGCUUCUACAGUCACGAUCCGCAUCCGUCGAGGAACAGGAUUCGAAUAUUCGUGAAAUACUGGCGGAUGCAUACGAAUCAGAGGAAGAAUACAGUGCAGCAGCGGGAGUACUACAGGGGAUCCACCUGGAUAGCUCUCAACGACUCAUAACAGAUGCGGCAAAGACACGAAUGUGGAUUCGCAUACUCAGAUUAUACCUGGAAGAAGACGAUACCACGAAUGCAGAGUCUUUCUUGAACAAAAUUAAGAACCUACCAAGUAAGAUUGAGGAUCCCGAAUUGAAGCUACACUUUCAACUGUCUCAGGCUCGUAUUCUGGACGCUCGUCGUCGCUUUCUCGAUGCUAGUCAGGAAUAUUUCAACGUCAGUUUGGCAGCCGGUGUCGACGAAAGCGAUAGACUCCAUGCCCUCUCUGCUGCAAUCAUCUGCGCCGUCCUCGCACCUGCAGGACCACAACGAUCGCGCACACUCGCGCGUCUUUACAAAGAUGACCGCGCAACAUCUGUCGACGUCUUUUCCAUCUUGGAAAAAAUGCAUCUAGACCGCCUACUAACCCCAGAGGAAGUCGCCGCCUUUUCGUCGAAACUACAACCCCAUCAACUCGCAAAGACCGCCGAUGGCUCAACCGUGCUGGACAGGGCUGUGAUUGAACACAAUCUCGUAGCUGCUAGCAAACUCUACGAGAAUAUCAAAACCGAUGCAUUGGGAGCGAUUCUCGCUCUCAAAGAUUCAGGCGAUGAAACAGCAGGCGAAAAGGCAGAGGCGUACGCUGCCCGGAUGGUAGAACAGGGCCGUUUGAAGGGCAGUAUUGAUCAAAUCGAUGGUAUCAUCUACUUUGACUCUGAUAUCUCGGGCGUCGGGAAUACGGGGACAAUGGGCAGAAAUCUACGGCUUUGGGAUGCGGGUGUUGAGAGUGUUACGGAGGAUGUUGAGAGGGUUGCUGCCAGUGUGGCGGAUGCAUUUCCGGAGCUUGCCACUUCCCAGAUGGUCCAUUAG